ACGGAGCCGAGUGGGAAGCGAGCGCAUGUUAUUAUUUGAGCAGAAAAGCAUGUGUCUGUUCACUCUUUGUCGUUAGAGAGAAAGUGGGGAAAGAGAGAGAUGGAGAAGGAGUUGAGGCAGCUUUUGGUGACGGUGUUUCUGUGGGGGACAUCGGGUUUCAUGGUGGCUCCGGCCAUAACGGACGUGACCAUGUCGGCGCUCUGCCCCGCUGAAUAUCAGUGCUCUCUCGCCAUUUAUCUCACCGGAUUUCAGCAGGCCAUAACGGGGGUGGGAGCAGUGGUGACGACGCCGUUGAUGGGGAACUUGUCGGACAAGUACGGCAGAAAAGCUCUGCUCACGCUUCCGCUCACCCUCUCCGUCUUUCCCCUAGUGAUAUUGGGAUACAGUAGGGCUACAAACUACUUCUACGCCUACUAUGCCGUCAAGACUCUUACUGCCAUCGUCGGCGAAGGCUCCGUCAACUGCCUCGCUCUUGCAUACCUGGCUGACAAGGUUGGAGAGAGAAAACGGGCAUCCGCUUUCGGAAUUCUCGGAGGCGUCGGCUCCGCAUCAUUCGUCUGCGGAACCUUAGCUUCUCGAUUCCUCUCUACUGCUCUCACAUUUCAGGUUGCUGCAUUAUUUGCCAUGAGUUCAGCUGUGUACAUGAGAAUAUUUCUGGAAGAAAGCUUGGUUGUUCGGGGUUGUGUGAGGCAGCCAAUGUUGAAAGAGAGCGGGCCGCCGUGCGUUGAAGAGGUCAGUGAGAACUCGGACUCAUCACCGCCAAUAUUCAAGACACUGCCAUCGCUGAGGGAUCUCAUUGGCUUGCUCAAGUGCAGCCCCACGUUCUCGAAAGCAGCGAUUGUUUGCUUCUUUAACAGUCUUGCAGAAGGCGGUCUGCAGGUUUCGGUGCUGUACUACUUAAAGUAUCGAUUUCAAUUCAGCAAGAACCAGUUCGCUGAUCUGAUGCUUAUUAAUGGGGUUGGAGCAACUCUAGUGCAGCUGCUAUUAAUGCCCAGAUUAGUACCAGUUAUAGGGGAGGAAAAGUUGCUUUCAAUAGGCCUCUUUGUUGGCAGCAUCACUACUUCAGUUUACAGCUUAUCCUGGGCGCCAUGGGUUCCAUAUGCCUUAGGAGUCUGCACUGUCCUUGGAGUUUUGGUGCGCCCAAGUAUCAGCAGCAUUGUAUCUAAACAGGUUGGACCUGCAGAGCAGGGAAUGGUUCAAGGAUGCUUUUCAGGAAUUAGCUCCUUCGCUAACAUCAUCGCUCCGUUAAUGUUCACUCCCCUGACAGCUUUGUUCCUGUCGGAAGAAGCGCCCUUCUAUUUUCCAGGUUUCAGCAUCAUGUGCCUUGGGGUAUCACUGAUGAUUGCAUUUAUUCAGAGCAUAUGGAUCCAAGCUGCUCCUUCUAAUGCGAUUCGCGAGUGGCAGAAUCAACGAGUAUAGCGACAGCAGGAACGCCUCCGGACGAGCUGCCUAAUCAAAAAAUCACUACUGCUACUUCAUGGAACCCCCGUAACGAACCACUGCUACUUCAUGCUUUAACACCUAGGAUUAAAUUAACUGAAUUACGCCAAAAUACAAGAAACAGAAAUUAUAGUUACUCGUUUAUGUGUAUCCAUAAAUACUGUCGUAUAUAACAUCAUCUUGUUUUCAGUGUCCCUCCGGAGCCUCAAGUGCUUAAAAUAUCAUUUGAUUGAGACCCAAAA